AUGAAGAGUUUACGGAAGUUGUACCAUGGAUGCACCGAAGGGACAGAUGUAGAGACUCGAACGCCAUUUAUCCAACGCUUUGCCUGUGGAGUAGGUCAUGUGAUCAAUGACAUUAUGCGUCAGCUCCAAUUUUCAUUCAGGCUGGUAUUCUUUAUGCAAGUUCUCGGUCUGUCCGCUGAAAAUGCUGGCUGGCUGGUACUCCAGAAAAAACUGGCUCUCGCUUUUGCCUCGCCUUUCAGCGCAUUCCUGGUGGAUAGAAUCAACAUCCCAUUUUUGUCGCGGAAAAUUGGAAGAAGAAAGUCUUGGCAUUUGGUCGGCACUUUGUUGGGCGUCAUUUUUAUGCCCAUGUUUUUUAGCGCAUGUUACGCUUGUCCGGACAAUGGUGGAGAGUGGCAAAAAAUCGUAAACCUUUCAAUACUUAAUGUGAUAUUGGCGCUUUCAGCCUGCUUACUGGAUAUUGGACACUUGACACUUAUACCUGUGAUUGCCAAAGAUCAAAUUGAAGCUGUAGAAUUGAGCGCGUUGAGGUUUGUUCUCCGCCCUCCUUAUAUUCAAUGUUCUAACCGCCUAUAUACAGAACUUUCACCUGGAUAACUCAAACCUGUUCAGUUUAGUUUACACAUUUGCAUUUGUAGGCUCACCCAAGAAAUCCAUUGUGUCUUCUUUCUUGCAAUCAACAGCCAACACUGAAAUGACUUCACGGCCCUUGAGAUUACUUAUUGGACAAUACGGGUAACAUUUAUAUCAUUUUAUUUUGUUCCUGUAGGGUCACCUUUACGUUCUUAAGUGGAAUUGCUACCUACCUCGUGGCUUGGGUAGUUCUUGGACAAGAUUCCAGAGACAACCUCUCAACAGAAAGCUUGGUGGACUUCACGGUGAAAUAAUUCAUUCCAUUUUGCUUUUAUCUCUUACAAAACGUCAUUAAUUAGUGCUCCUUUAACCACCGUACGGCUUUUCAAUUAACUUGAAUUCUUUCCUUUUUAGACAAUGGCGGCAAUAUUGGUUGCAAUGGGUCUCAUAUUUUCAGUGAUUUUCCAUGUUGGAACUAAAGAGUUCUCAGGGGAAGGAAACAAGGACUCGUGGGGCAUCGUCACAGAAGAUCUGGUAAGAUGCUUCUAACAUGGAAAGCUAGUGAAGACAUCGUUUACUUUGCAAAAUGCCUUUACAACUUUUAAUCUCUGCCUAUUGCGUAUUAUGCUAAUUUAUUCUUCGAAUGUUCAGUUUUCUUUUAUCUUUCUUGAACAGAAAAAAACGUCUCAUAUUCCUCCAAUGACUGCUCUGCAAGCAACACCCUUAAAAGAAACAGGUAUACUCAGGGCUUUAAGAUACAGAUUAAUUGAAAGUAAUUAGAAUGAGAGGCACGCAAUUUGCCAUUUCCAAAUAUUCAGAAAUACUUGGUUUCAUAUAAUAGCUGGAUUCUUCCACUUUACGGUCAGACGAAAACCAUAUGUUUCCUGCAAUUGCUACUUCGUCACCUGAAUACGAUCCUGCUGGUUUCCUUCAAUUUUUAAAUCUCCUUUUUGUGUAAAGCUGGGAGUAAGUGGGAAGAAGGUGUCGGGGGGCGUUGGCGUGGGUACAGCAAACAGAGUGCAGGUGAUGUGGUACAUCAGUGAAGCUACACGAAAACUCCAACACCAUCCACUUACAGGAAAGGGCUGCUUAGUGUCUUUUCUCCCUUUUUUCUCCCUUUUUUCAGUUGAUUCUAAAAGUGUUAAAGAUAUGGAUGGCGUCACCGGCACCGUACCAAAUGAUCGUAACGGUAACGGAGACGAAACCGAGGAAAAAUGCCGCCAAAACGAUUUCCAAUCUGGUUCUCCAUUGUCCUCUGGCGUGGAUAACCCAGGUUUCCUUGACUCCUGUGAAACAGAAUCGGGAAGAUGUUAUCCAGACCAGGUUAAACUAGAACCAGUAGAAGUGAAUUUGAAUGACUCUCAGAGUGUAGGGGUGAAUUGCAAACCAUCCACUAACUCUGAUGACCCAGAAUCUCCUCGUUCAUCAACAUCUGCACCCACCAUGACCUUACGAACCUGGCUGAAAAACCCGCAUCUUUACAAGGUAUUUCUCCUUUGACUAAUCCUGAUACGAUCAAUAGAGUCCCACUAACUAUUUCGUCAAGAACAAUGCACUCAAACAGCUAACACUAAUUUCCUGAUUACAAUUUCGAAUUCGUACAGUCCAAGUGAAAAAUUGCUUUAGCGGGCUGUUUUUUUUUAGAUGACUUUGUACUUACCUUUGCUGUAUCGUCAAAAAACAUGGGUGCUUACCAUUUACACAAAACUGGGGGUGGAGCUGUUGUGCAUAAAAUUAAAACUAUAACAUUUGACCAGGUGGGAAAACGUUCCACUACAAAGUAUAUCCAAAUGAGCUGAACAGACUGAAAAGAUUUGAAAACUUGCAUCGCCUCAAAUCAAAGCCCAUAUUUCCUUAAGCUUCCCAAACGAAACGGCGCAAAACAUUUGAAAUGCAACCGUAAUUUCUAUUUUAUGCAUGUAAAUGGGAAGUUACCUUUGUGUUACAGUCCUCACCAACAUUACAACUUUUUACAAUUUUUCUAAAUUCCAUUGUUAUUAUCUUUAGGUGUCCAUCAUCUUUACCUGA